UUUAGUGUACUCAACAAUGACCAGAAUCCUCAGGCUCUGCAAAGGGAGAUGGAUGAAUGCAAAUGACAAAUCUGUACUGUCUAUAUAAAUUGCACGCUGUAAUCCAGUUGCCCAAAUUGCUCAAAUUGUUCGGUCCCAGUUGCUCGAAUAUGCUGUUACAAGCCAAUCCAAUCCUUACAAAAAUAUGAUGGUAUUUAAGAAUGUCGGAGUCCCACCGCCGCAAAAGCCUGGUAGGACCUCCCAUCUUCCGAUUUUUUUUAUUCCACCGCCUAAAGCUUUUAAAAUUUCACUUAAGAUCUGAUUUCCAAUGCCAGAUCGGCACAGGAUAGCCAUAAAAUACGUAAUCAAUAAAUAAACAAAUCACAGGGAUAUCAAAUGUUGUGGGCUUAUAAGAAAGCUUAAAGAAAACCCUCCCGGAAAAGGGAAAAAAAUCUUAUUCUAGAAAUUUAGAAUGGGGGAGAGAAGAGACCCAGGUGGAGUCGAUCCCGUAACGUCUCGAGCCACAGAAGAGGGUGUGGGAAGCCGAAGAUACAGAGGUGUGAGGAAGAGAUCGUGGGGGAAAUGGGUUUCUGAGAUCAGGAUGCCCAACUGCAGGUCCCGGGCAUGGCUGGGUUCGUAUCCCACUGCUGAACAAGCUGCUCGCGCUUAUGAUGCCGCUUCUUACUGCUUGCGCGGUCCUUCUGCUUUUCUGAAUUUUCCUGACUCGCCUCCGGAUGUACCCUACCCCUGUGACAAUUUGUCCCCUGAGGAGAUUCGAACCCUGGCCGCUGAAGCUGCGGCUAAACAUGCUACGCUUCCGCUUUUUACAGAUUCCGGCGAGAGGCCGUUGACGGGCAGCCAAUCGCCUUCCAGUAGUGUCACUGAUCUGCCCCGGCGACAUGUUUCUCCUCCCCCGGUUUCGUCGCCCUCCACAGAUCCACAUCCCACUCACUUGAAUUUCCCCAACCUAAAUGAAACUUUCAGACUUUCCGACCUAGGUUAGGGUUUCAGCAGAGAUCUUUUCGAGUAAUAUAUUCGCAUGUAAACUAACAUUUGGGAGUUAAUAAAACCCUGUAAACAUUUUUUUUUUCCCGGAAGUAUAGUCUAGGGUUUGAAGAUAUGUGAAAUAUUGUUAAAUAGGGCGAGUAGAAAGUUUUAUCUUUUUCGUUUCUGGGUUCUUUCUGUUGAAUGAAAUAUUUUUCUUGGUUA